GACGUUUUACACACCCGGAAGUAAAGAUUCGUCACUGAUUCCAGUGUGUAUUGCAUCUGUCAGUUUCUUCUACAUCCUCUGUGAUUAGUACAAUUGUAUUAUAAAAAUGGGUGACAACAUUAUCAAGUUGUACUUGUCAUCAGUUGUUAGCAAUGCAACGUUGAGGAAACAUCAGCAACAUAUAAUGGAUUAUUUAACUUCAAGAAAAAUUCCUUUCGAACAAAUAGAUAUUUCUGACCCAACUAAAGAGGAUGACAAGCAAUUUAUGAGAGAAAAUGCAAAAUCACCUUCAGGAAAAACACCAUUACCUCCACAGGUGUUUUACGGAGGUGAAUACCUUGGAGAUUAUGACCAGUUUUCUGAGGCUCUUGAAGAUGAAGCCGGUGAUGCUUUCUUUAAACUUGCCCCAAAAACAGAAGUAUCACAGGCACAGGUGGAAGUGACAGGGGAGGAGGAAGAGGGAGAAGAAAAAAACAAGGUAGAGGAUGAAGAAAAACUAAAGGCAGAUGAAGGAGAGAAAGAAACUGAAGACAAAGACAAAACUAUAGAAGAAGUUGCUGAGGAAGAUAGAAAGAAGGAAGAAGAAAAGAAAGAGGAUGUAAAGAAGGAUGAAACUGAUGCUAAGAAGGAUGCAGAGAAGAAAGAGGAAGAAAAGAAAGAAGAAAAAGUUGAAGAAGAGAAGAAAGACAAACCACUAGUGUUCAAAAUGAAAAAAGAUUAUGAUGAGGCCGAAGAUGAAGAUCCUUGGGCAGCUUUCGAAACAACAGAAGAAGAAACAAAAGAUGAAGCUAAGGAAGAGGAAGCCAAGAAAGAUGACAAGGAAAAAGAAACUAAAACAGAAGAAAAGAAAGAAGACGAUAAAGAAACUAAAGGUAAAAAAGAGGAAGAAAAAGCUGAAACAGCUUCUGAUAUAAAAAAGCCUUUGGUGUUUAAGAUGAAAAAAGACUAUGAUGAAGAUGAAGAGGAAGACCCAUGGGCAGCUUUUGAAACAAAUGAAGAAGAAGUUAAAGAGGAAAGUAAAGAGGAAGAGCCUAAGAAAGGUGAUGAGGAUAGCAAAAAAGAUGAGAAAAAAGAAGAGGUCAAAGAAGAAAGCAAAGCAGAGGAAGAAAAGAAAACUGAAGAAUCUGAAGAUUUAAAGAAACCUCUUGUUUUUAAGAGGAAAAAGGACUAUGAUGAGGAUGCCGAGGAAGAUCCUUGGGCAGCUUUUGAAUCUACAGAGGAAGAGAAAAAAGAAGCAGAAAACAAGGAAGAGAGCAAGGAAGAAAAGGUGAAAGAAGAAGCAAAAUCAAAAGAAUCAUCAACAGCUGAAGAAGUGACAGAAGAGAAAAAAGCUGAAGAAACUAAAGAAGAGAAAAAAUCUGAAGAAACUAAAGAAGAGAAGAAAGAAGAUGAAGCUGAUGAUAGCAAACCUGAGGAGAAAACAGAAGACUCAACAGGUGCCAAAAUUGAAGAUGAUACAAAAGAUUCAUCAGCAAAGAAAGAAGACGAAAAAGAAGAUUCCAAAGAGAAAACAGCAGAAGAUGACACUACAGUUUCAAAAGAUGAACAGAAAUCAGAAGAAAAGAAAGAAGAGUCAAAAGAAACUGAAGAAAAAGAACAGACAAAGGAUGAAGAAAAGAAGGAGGAAACAAAAGUAGAAGAAAAGGGUGAAGAACCAAAACCAGAAGAAAAGACAGAGGAACCUAAAGCAGAAGAGGAGAAAAAAGCUGAUGAUGAUGAUGAUGAAGAAGAUUUCUGGGCCACUUUGGGUAAAGACGACUAAAUAUGGAACACGGUGCUGUCCAAAAUUUCACAUACAUUCAAAUGGUUUACCAUAAAUAUAUAAUACAUAAAGGAGCAACUACACCUACAACCGGACCAUUGGCCAUCCAAUCAGAACAUACAGAGUCCUACAAAACUACUGCUGUUCUAUAAAUACUCGUGAAGAUUAGUAUGUCAAGAAGCAUAUGAUUGGCCUGUACAAGAAACUUUUAAGUUAAAUCGGCCAAUCAGAGGAGGUGUUAUUUUUAUAUUUUGUGGAAAAAAAGUGUAAAAAAAAAUAUUUGAAUGAUUUUAUGCUGUUAUGUAAAAAAAAAGGUACCAGAUUUGCCCAAGAUUGUGAAGCCUUUUUGAAAUAUGAAAUUAUAAGAUACUGUUUUUCCAAAUAACCUCUAAACUUUUGUAUUUGUUUUACAUUUAGUGGGAAAUAACUUUACAGUCAUAUUUUCAGGAACAUGAAGAUGUUUAUUCAUUUGUAUGCAUUAACAGAUUAUACAAACAUAUUGUAAAAUGCUUAUCAUAUUUUAAACACCCAUUAUAAUAUAAAUGUAAAAUGUAUCUUUUAAAGUGCCAUUACAAUAUGAUGUUUAGUUUUGUAUACUUUUUGUGGCCUAGGAGAAGAUGAUAAAUUGAAUGAGUCAUAGGAAGCUUACAAUAAAUGGACAAAGUGACACAUGCCUUGGAAGAAAGAUUUAUGUUUGAUGUUUCAUAUUUCGAGCUUAGUUAAAUAUUAGAUCCCUUUAUUUCUGCCACAUUGUUUUAGUUUCAAAUUUUGGAACAUGUGGAUCUUUGGGUAGCUAAAUUCUUUAAAGAUUGAUGAAAAACCAGAGUGAAAUGUCUUCUUUACAGUUUUAAGAACAUCAAAUCUGUAAACAGGCUAAAUUUACAUGUUUUUCAUUUUAUUAUUUUGCCAUCAUUUUGUCGUACUGUUUCAUAAAAAUACAUGUAUAGAUAAUUAUUUAUCACCAGUACCAGUAAUUAUUUAUGGACAGUUUACCAUGGCAGAAUGAAGGCCUAUUAUGAAAAAACUAUUUCAUUUAAAGCAUUUUUAUUUAAAGUUUAAAAUUGUAAACAUUGAAUGCAGAAAAAGUCAGAUGAAAGCACAAGUUUUAACAAGCCAGUUACUUGAGAAUUACACAGGGAAGGCUCAAUAACCGUACUAGUAUUUAUAUAACAGUCACAAAGUUCUUAAAAUUUCUUUCACAAACAUAAAAUAGACAAAUAGUGAUCCUCUGUAAUGCAAUAGUUUUUGUGGAUGGGGUUAAAUGAGAUUUUGAAAUGAAGUUACAUGAUGUAAGUUGCUCUAGAUAUGCAAUAGUAUUUGUACUUGAUAUUUGUGUGUAUUUUAUUACUUUUUUAUCACUAUAUUAUUGAUCUAUAUACCUGUAACGAUUACUUUCAUAUUUAUUACUACGCCAUGCAUUUAUGUAUAUAUGGUAUUACAUGAUGCGUAUAACCGUGAUAAUUAUAAGGUGAAAGAUUUUUGGAAACAAUUUUUUGUUAUGUUUCGUGGUGCAUUAUAUAUUAUGUAGGUAUGUUUUUAUUAUGCGCGGUCAGAUCUGUACAUGUUGUUUCUAGACGUAAUUAUUGUCCCGCCUACUGUAACUUACCUGCAUUCUUCCCUGUUCGCACCUUAAAUAAAUUCCUUUAGCAGAAGGCUAGAUUAAAUGUAGUAAACUGUUUGCAGUUUUCGUUAACAUAUUUCACAUUUCUUAUAGAAGUUAGAAAUUAGGAAAGUAGAUUUUUCACAUGUUUUGAGGCACAUUUUUCGUUACUAGUCAGUGUGUAAUUCACAUGGCACGUUCAUUAGAAUAAGUUUGUAGUGGGUGUUUUAUUCCUCUCAUUUUAAAUAAAUUAUGCUGCUGCAACAGUCAAUCAGACUAAAAUUUAUGUUUGUUUAUCUUUUAAAAAAUGAGUUUAUAACAUGACAGCCAAAUGUGCAUUGUUCUAGAGAUUUUUUUUUCGACUCUAGAAGCUUUCAAUGCAUACACAUUGAGAAAAGUUUUUAAGAAUCUUGGAGGAGGAUUUUAUCAUGAACAAUGGUUACCUGAAUAUUAAAGUAUUGUUUGUUUUGUUAAGAUGUGUUCUUGUUUAAGUGUUGUUUUUGUUUAUGCCAAAAUUUAUACUUUUACACCAAUAUUUUGUCUUUGAGAUGAAUUGCUAAUUGGGAAUACCUGUUGACCGUACUAUUUUCUGAUGUUAUAAAUGUUUUGGAUUUUGUCUACAAACAAGAAAGAACUUACCUGAGAUACAUAAGUGAUAUAUUUGAUAUUGAUGGGGUGAUUUCAGUCAUUUUGAGCAUCAAAAUUUAUUUGAAUUUCAGUUUUGUUCAAUUUAUUAAAUGUUUUUAGAUAUCUUAGUCAUCAUUAAAUCAACAUAACAAUAUGAAAUUUUUGUUAAGUUAAAGAAAAACUAUAGUUCUUACAUUUGCAAUCCAGCUGUCAUAGUAUUUCCAGAAAUGACAGGGAACCAGUCUUAUUCCUUAGUUUGUGCAAUAAUAUCAUUAAUCAGUGCAUAAGUUGUUGUUUCUAAGUUCUUUCCGAUAACUUUGUAUUUUAUAGUUGUUUUGGUUUUCACGAAAGAAAUAUUCAUAUACUUUCAUUGAAGUCAAAUUUUGAUAAAGGUAUGUGUUCCUUGCAUUAAUGAUCACCUAUUCAGGGGUAAAAUUGAUUUUACUAAAAUUUGUUGUAUUUAGUCCCCAGAAACUUACCUUUCUUGCAAAACCUACAAAAUAGUUUAUGUAUAUGUAUGAGUGCACCAUAGUAAUGGGAGUGUUCUUAAACAAGUUUAUAUUAUAUAAACAAGUUGUUACAUUACUAACAGAAAAUCAUUACAGCUUAAGAUACAGAUUAAUGUAGGGAGAACUUGGGAGGGUGUCUCCAUGCUUGCCAUAACUGGGUUUCAAUUCAGCAGCUAACUGCCGUACAUCUUUCUCUAAUCUCUCUCGCAAUAUGUACAGUGUAACCCAUCAUUCCAUACAAUACCAUUUAUUUGUAUUUACUCUAAAUAAAAAAUGUGAUAACAA